UCAUUUCUCAGCGAAUCAGAGAGUAGAAAGAAUCGGCUCAGGUGUCUCGGGUGAGCAGCUAUUAUAUGUUUAAUCAUCAUCUGUGGAAAAAAAAGGGGGUCGUGGUUGUAAGCAGCACGCGGGCAACCACGAACAUACCACGUGAUCAAAUGCGGAAAUUGCCCGAGCGAGAAAGUGUAGCCGGAGCAAAGCAAACGAGGGGGAGUGGAGGCUGUGGUGUCCGUGUGUGUUCGGAGCUGCUGGUGGUUACUAGCCGGACCAGACAACACGUCCGCACACAGACGCUCGGUUAUCUGCACAGCUAGAUGUACGAGUGAACAGCUGCCGUGAAUACAAGUCAGGCGUGUUCUGUGGUCACACUGCUGAGAUGACAAGGCUGUGACAGCGUGUGUCCAAGUGUGUUGGUCUGGACCAGUUCUUGUGAAAUGGCUGCAGCUAAGAAGAGUUGUGCGAAAGCAGGAGGCGUUCGGUUCUCAGAGCCCCCCGCUGUCGGCGCCCCAUCGCAUGUUCACUUUGACGAAAAGCUGCAUGACUCCGUCGUCAUGGUGACUCUGGAGGAUGAUGGCAACUUCAUGGUCAAGGUUGGCUUCCUAAAGACGCAGCACCGGUAUGAAAUAGUGUUCACCUUGCCCGAGGUCCCCGCUCUGGGGAAGGAUGUAUGUCCAGCACCAGUACCCAGUCCACACCUCCGGAUCACUGAUAUCACACCAGCACCAGAGGGAGGUCUGAAGGUGACAUGCGAGUACAUGGCCCAGCAAGAGGGAGUUCUGUGUGAGGAGGUGCUGCUGCAGAGCGAGACCAACCAGGACAUUUGUGUUAAAGUCAAAGUUCACGCCAGAGUCAUGGAUCGUCACCACGGUACACCCAUGCUGCUGGACGGAGUCCGCUGCAUCGGGGUGGAGUUGGAGUAUGACUCUGAACAGAGCGACUGGCAAGGAUUUGACUAAAGCUCCUGCUCCCCUUUCACCUGGAACACACACACACACACACACACACACACACGUACCCACGUACCCACCUCCCAUCAUUGAAGUGUACCCCUACCAAAUUAAACAGGCACCUAAUAGGAAAGUGUGUACACACAAAUGAUUUAGUGCCACAUAAUGUACACACAGUGUUCAUUGUUGGAUUAGAGAAAAUGGAUAUUUGCGUCCUGAGAACAUUAACAUACAAAAACAUUCCUUUGCUGCAACUUUCACAACAUCAACAGCAUUUGUACAGUUUGUCACUAUCCUCCAAUUCUUGUUUGUCACCAUGUUGUAUUCUGUUGUUAAUCUGUGUUUUCCUUACUGAACCUCUAGAGGGCAGCAGCAGUCUUUGAAUCAGGGUAGCCUCCGAUCCCUUUUCACCACCUCUUGUGUUCCAGUUCACUCUUUUCCUGAUGUGCAAACUUAAUCCCAGAUGGAUUUAUAGGGGAGGGCGUAAACAAGGGCUCUUUUAUUCAUGUAGUAGUUUAACAGUGACCUAUAGAAAGGAAUAGAAACCUGCAUGAUUCUGGGGGGGGGAGAUGGCGAGAUGGCAAUGUGGAGUCUGUAGUGUCUCUGUCUAACCUUAAGUAGGCCCUGCCCAUAAUGUCUCUGUCUAUAACCUUAAGGUGGCUCUGCCUGUAAUGUCUCUGUCUUACCCAUAGACUGUAUAUAUAUUGAUUGAUAUAUUAAUAUUAACGGUCUAUGGUCAAACCUUAAGGUGGCCCUGCUGUAAUGUCUCUGUCUAACCUUAAGGUGGCCCUGCCUGUAAUGUCUCUGCCUAACCUUAAGGUGGCCCUGCCUGUAAUGUCUCUGCCUAACCUUAAGGUGGCCCUGCCUGUAAUGUCUCUGUCUAACCUUAAGGUGGCCCUGCCUGUAAUGUCUCUGUCUAACCUUAAGGUGGCCCAGCCUGUAAUGUCUCUGUCUUACCCAUAGACUGUAUAUAUAUUGAUUGACAUAUUAAUAUUAACGGUCUAUGGUCAAACCUUAAGGUGGCCCUGCCUGUAUUGUCUCUGUCUAACCUUAAGGUGGCCCUGCCUGUAUUGUCUCUGUCUAACCUUAAGGUGGCCCUGCCUAUAAUGUCUCUGUCUAACCUUAAGGUGGCCAUGCCUGUAAUGUCUCUGCCUAUAACCUUAAGGUGGCCCUGCCUAUAAUGUCUCUGCCUAUAACCUUAAGGUGGCCCUGCCUGUAAUGUCUCUGUCUAACCUUAAGGUGGCCCUGCCUGUAAUGUCUCUGUCUAACCUUAAGGUGACCCUGCCUGUAAUGUCUCUGCCUAACCUUAAGGUGGCCCUGGCUGUAAUGUCUCUGUCUAACCUUAAGGUGGCCCUGCCUGUAAUGUCUCUGUCUAACCUUAAGGUGGCCCUGCCUGUAAUGUCCCUGUCUAACCUUAAGGUGGCCCUGGCUGUAAUGUCUCUGUCUAACCUUAAGGUGGCCCUGCCUAUAAUGUCUCUGUCUAACCUUAAGGUGGCCCUGCCUGUAAUGUCUCUGCCUAACCUUAAGGUGGCCCUGGCUGUAAUGUCUCUGCCUAACCUUAAGGUGGCCCUGGCUGUAAUGUCUCUGCCUAACCUUAAGGUGGCCCUGGCUGUAAUGUCUCUGCCUAACCUUAAGGUGGCCCUGGCUGUAAUGUCUCUGCCUAACCUUAAGGUGGCCCUGGCUGUAAUGUCUCUGUCUAACCUUAAGGUGGCCCUGGCUGUAAUGUCUCUGUCUAACCUUAAGGUGGCUCUGCAGACCACUGUAUGGAAAGCUAAAGUUAUAUAUCUUCAAUAUGUGAGGUUCCUGUUGUGAUAACCACUACUUUUCAUUUUCUGCAUUUCCCAGGAAAUCCCAAAGAGUGUGAAAGUAUUUUAAUAGGUAUAUUUGAGGAAAGUAUUUGCAGCAGCAAUAAUGAAAAGAGAGGCUUUCCUCUGAGAAACAAACAAAGUAUAAUGCUUAAAAGCAUGUGUGCUAGCUAUAUGGCAUUAAUCUACUGGAGUAUUUUUUUCUGGGAUAAUCUCCCUGCAUGAUUAUGAAACAUUUGUGUGAAAUAGUGCAUCGGAAAAGAAGUGCUUUGUCCUUUUAUUGCAAGGAGCUGACACCAAAUUCUGAUGGUUAGUGUCUAUAUUUUAGAUCUCUGCUACCAAACUUCUAUGUUGUUGAGCUGUAAAUAUAAUGGCAUGUUGUUAUGUUUUGCCACUUUUCACAAAAU